CUCAGCUCCUGCCAUGCAGUACUUUCAACUCAACUUGCGGAUGCAAUGAUGUUUCCUAUUACCCAGUUUAAAGAAAGGGAUCUAAAAGAGAUAUUAACUCUAAAAGAAGUUUUCCAAAUUGCAAGCAAUGACCAUGAUGCUGCCAUUACCAGAUACAGUCGGUUGUCAAAAAGAAGGGAAAAUGAAAAGAUCAAGGCUGAAGUUACAGAAGAUGUAUAUACUUCCAGGAAAAAACAGCACCAGACUAUGAUGCAUUAUUUCUGUGCAUUAAAUACUCUUCAGUACAAAAAGAAAAUUGCUAUGCUAGAACCCUUGCUAGGAUACAUGCAAGCUCAGAUAAGUUUUUUUAAAAUGGGUUCAGAAAAUCUUACUGAGCAAUUGGAAGAAUUUUUGACCAAUAUUGGCACAAGUGUACAGAAUGUUCGCAGGGAAAUGGAGUGCGAAGUAGAAAACAUGCAACAAACUAUAGAGGACUUGGAAGUAGCUAGUGAUCCACUGUAUUUGCCUGAUCCUGAUCCUACGAAAUUUCCUGUUCAUAGAAAUCUAACACGGAAAGCUGGCUAUCUCAAUGCAAGAAAUAAGACAGGGCUGGUGUCUUCCAGUUGGGAGAGACAGUUUUACUUCACUCAAGGUGGAAAUUUGAUGAGCCAGGCAAGAGGUGACGUAGCUGGGGGACUUGUCAUGGAUAUAGACAAUUGUUCUGUAAUGGCUGUGGACUGUGAAGACAGACGGUACUGUUUUCAGAUAACAUCUUUUGAUGGUAAAAAGUCUUCAAUCUUACAGGCAGAGAGUAAAAAAGAUUACGAAGAGUGGAUAUGCACCAUAAACAACAUAUCUAAACAGAUAUAUCUAAGUGAAAACCCUGAGGAAAUUGCUGCACGUGUAAAUCAGUCAGCUCUGGAGGCUGUUACUCCGUCUCCUUCCUUUCAGCAGAGGCAUGAGAGCAUGCGGCCACCUGUACAAUCUCGUCCUCCUGCAGCUCGUACGAGCAGCACAGGGUCACUGGGAUCUGAAUCAGCAGCUUUAUCAGCACUUUCCUUGGAUUCACUUGUUGCCCCUGACACUCCUAUACAAUUUGACAUAAUAUCUCCAGUUAGUGAAGAUCUACCUGGUCAAGCAAAAUCUUCAGGGCAGUCGGGCAGACGCACAAAUCCUUUUGGUGAAUCUGGAGGCUCAAAGUCUGAAACAGAAGAUUCAAUUCUUCAUCAGUUAUUUAUUGUAAGAUUUCUUGGCUCUAUGGAGGUGAAGUCUGACGAAAGUCCAGAUGUUGUUUAUGAAACGAUGCGUCAAAUACUAGCAGCUCGCGCCAUCCAUAACAUUUUCAGGAUGACAGAAUCGCAUUUAUUAGUCACUUGUGACUGUUUAAAGUUAAUUGAUCCACAGACACAAGUUACAAGACUACGAUUUCCUUUGCCCAAUGUAGUCUUGUAUGCUACGCACCAGGAGAAUAAACGCCUCUUUGGAUUUGUGCUUAGAACUUCAGGAGGGAGAGCUGAGAGCCGCCAAACUUCCGUCUGCUAUAUAUUUGAAUCAAAUAAUGAAGGGGAAAAGAUUUGUGACUCUGUUGGACUGGCAAAACAGAUAGCUUUUCAUGCAGAACUGGAUCGAAAAGCAUCAGAAAAGCAAAAAGAAAUAGAUAGAGUCAAAGAGAAACAACAAAAAGAACUGAACAAACAAAAACAAAUUGAAAAGGACUUGGAGGAACAAAGCCGGUUGAUAGCUGCUUCCAGCAGAUCGAACCAGAGCAGUGGAGAAGGACAGUUUGUAGUCCUUAGCAGCAGCCAGUCGGAAGACAGUGAUUUAGGAGAAGAUGGAAAGAAGAAGAGAGAAUCCGAAGCCUAA